AUAACGAAGUGUUCCUCUGGGGUGGUUAUAUGCAGUUAUAUGUAUCCGGCCAAAGUGUAUUGUGUUAUGUAUGUUGCUUACUGAUUGUCAGAAGUGGUGCUGCUACGUUUUGGAGUGUGAUUACCAUUCUGUGCAUAGAUGAAUUUAAAAGAACAGUGUUUUAAAGUAAUAUUCAUAGGCAAUGUAGCUUCGGUGCAACGUAAUUGUUUUGAUAUAUUAAAUAUUAAUAUAAAAUAAAACCUUUAGAGCCUGGUCUCAAGAGUCCUAUGCAACAGUAUACUGAUGAAUUCUGAGAGCUGGUUUCACUGUUGUAACAUGAAAUGUGUGAGGAUAGAUUUUAAAAUGUGAAUGAACUUGUGACAAAAGUUUAAAAGGACCACUGGUCACUUGUACGAUCUGAAGUGCAGUGUAGACAUGCCAAAAUCAUUUUGGAGUGAGAGAUAAAUCUCAAUGUUCUUUGUCAGUGCCUUGGCCGCUGUGUUGGUGGAAGUCAGAGGCAAUGCCGGUAGAUUGGAUUGGUCCAUUUUGGGCAACAUGGACACAAACACAACAUUUAUACCAAUGAUACCAUCACCAUCACCAUCAUCAUCAUCUUCUGCCACAAUGGGAGUUGCUGAUGACACAGAUGUCACAAAAUUACAUGAGGGAUCUGAAGCUUGGCCUAAUGCGCCACACAAUGUGUCAUUUCUUCCAGCAUUAUUUGUUUCAUACUGUACAGAGUGGAAACCAGUCAAUCAUGUUUACUUUCAACUGGCGAACACUUUCUUCUUCCUCUCCUACCUUGCCCCAAAUGGCAUGUAUGGAAUUUUGUACCUGAGGUGCACACUUCUUGUGGGAUGUGCAUUUUUUGCCCUGUGGGGAUGGGCAGUGUUAUGCUGCUUCGAUGCCUUCCUGUGGAAUGCUACUUUUGUGGGUAUCAAUUUCAUCCAUGUGUGUAUUCUUCUCUACUACCUACGGCCUGUUAAGUUCACGAAAGAAGUUGAGGAGCCCCUGAAAGUGACACGUCAUCAGUUCAAGAAAGUGCUCAACUGUAUGAAGAUAAUCAGGCAGCUGAAGUACCAGGAGGUAUAUGCUCAGGAAAAGGUCACUAAAGUGGACAGCCUAUCUCUCGUCCUCUCGGGGAAGUUAGGCAUGGAUUGAGCAAGCACACACCCUUUCUGAAGUUCUCUGUAUGCCUGCUGCGUAGAUCGCUUGCAGCACGUUGGAUUCUGCCGUGUAGACCAACCGCAGCGCUAUGGACUGGCUCACACUACGGUACGCCCGUUGCCACUUCUCCGGCCUAGAUCGACCCUCAAACCCGAACUGCCGCUGCUGCAUCCGUGGGACGUGGAAUCCUGGCUGCAAAUUCCACACUUCCCGCUGGUGGUUUCCCUAUUGGGAUUCCUUCAGCUUUUCGCACUCUUUCUUAGCACAGUUACAAUUCCGUUUUCCAAUACUUCACACACACACGUGACGUCAAUGUGUUGGUAUUGUUGCCAGUCUGCUGUUCACGCACGUGCACACACCACAACAACCCCACAUCUGACACCAGUGUUAUAUCCCAGUAUUUCAGGGAUACUCAGGUUCGCCAAGCGGUGAGCAAUUCGAUGUACGGGUUUGGGAUUGGGUGGAAAGACAACAACAAGCAAUUAGAUUUAACAGUGUUAUAUUGUUAGAAUAAGAGAUGCUUGAUGAAGUACAUAGAGUUGGGUGGGCACUUUAAAUAUUCCCUACAAGGGGUGAGGCCGCAGUCCUGCCAGUCUAACCCUUGUGACAACUGGAAUCCGACUCUCUGUGUCUCGCCUUCACCUCCAAGCUGCAGUCUGCCCUUGUACCACGGUCCAUCUGGGUUCUGUCCUUCACACAUGUGGAAGGGGAGGAGACCACACACAUAUUUGUUUAGUCUAUGCAUUGGUUGCGAUCCAGUCCACAGCUUGGAAAGAAUAUUUAAGAUGGCCAAGGAAUACAAAAUAUAGUACACAAUUACAAAAGUACUCACACUUCCACAUAUGCAACAGAAUAUUAUAACGGAACGGGCUGCAUGAAAUGAAAAUUAUAAAUGCUAGUCAAACAAGUUGCAUAUAUAAAUACAUGAACACUAAGGCAGAGCCAAACUUGGCAAUGACCUUAAUAUAGUUAUGUUGUGACGGUUUUAAUAAAGAAAUUUAAUAUUUCAGUUGUUGCAAGUGAUUCUCAGUUUGCAGUUUGUUCAGCUCUUUGCAUCUCUGCACUGUGUUAUUAUGGAUAUGACUUUUUGGUAUGUUACUAAAAACGUUGAAUGAAAGUGCUUAUGCAUACGGACACCUGAACUGUGAUACUACAGUUCCACAUGGCAAGUAUAAAGGGAUCAGAUUUAAUUCAGUUAAUCUUCAGAGGCAUAAUAAUUACUGACAGAAUCCUGUUAUUGGGCGUUUCUAUUUACUAACAUAUCCACGAGUUAAGUUUCCGGAAUGAAUUAAUAUAGUGUCAUUCCAUCAAGAAAACGUAAUUGGCAAAGCUAAAGUAUUUGGUGUCGUUAACUUUAUUGGGUCAAGUGCGCUAAACCAGUGACAGUUCAUGGCUUUCCUUGACAAAAUGAAAAGUGAAUAUGGUGACAUUUUUUGCUAUUCAGAGGCUCGAUGCCUUAUCAAAGGUAAGGUUCUGCCAUGUUUUCUGUCAUGGUUAGAAGAUACCAUAUUUUUUUCUUAAUGAAAAAUACAGUGAGUAACUUUGAAGUUGCGUGUAAGGUGUCUGAUUUAUCUCCCUUCAGAGGUAUAGAUCUGAAUGACCUAAAUAGAAAGCUGUAACGGAAAUGCCAACUUGUAAGUGAAUUGCAUUAGAAUAUGUCCAUCUUCUGAAUUAUAUUGUCACUGUUUAAUUCUAAGUUCUUUUUUAAAUAGCACCUGUUACUUUCCAAACUGCCAGAAAACAUUUCAACAAUAGAAGACAGAUAUUUGUCGGUACAUCAAGACACAUUGCACAGUAACAUACACACAGAUUUGUUGGGCUUCGAUCAGGACAGAACAUCGUUAACAUCAUUAACCCCUAUGAAGCUUCAUAUAAAGACGCCAAACCUGCUUUAGAGCAUGAACUAAUCGACUUUCACCACAGCAUUGACCUUAGUUAUAAAUUGAGAAAAAUGCUGUUUAACUUGUGUGCCUUCAUGAAUCUGCUGCAGGAAGUAGCUCUUUAUGGGUGUUUGUUCAGAAGCACCUGUAUUUAUGGAAGAAAGUAGAUGAAAGUAGAUGAAAGUUGAAAGUAGAUGAAUCUACAA